CUUGUUUGAUCGCAAUUAAAGGCUUGGCGGAAAUUUGAAAUGUUAUUUAUUUCUCAUCGUGAUGCUGCAGCUCUGAAAAGUUCAUGUAGGGGUGGCACGGCUUUGGAACCGUCAAUGAAACUGAAUAUCCUGUGUUUGGAAUUUGGGGUCUCUGUUGUCCCAUCAGACUCGUAUCUCUAUCGUGAAUGUUGGUAUAAAAGUGCAUUUUCAGAUGUUCCCAUUUUGAUUACACCUUGAAGUUGAUUUCAUACAUGUAAAAGAAUGUACAGAUUAUUUGAAUGAUAAAAAUUUAUAAUUUCAUCUGUUCACUACGUAAAGUGCAUGAAGUGAAAUGAUGCCCAGGUCUUUACUGGCCUGCUUUGUGUUUAACAAGACGAAUAUUUUGUAUAGAUUGGAGAUGUUGCAUUACUAGUAAGUUUCCAUACCUGCUUAAAUCCAAAACAAGGAAGUGACAUAUUCUGAUAAAGACUGCAGCAGGUUGGAGUGAGAUAUGAAGCCCAUUUGUGUCAUUCACUAUACUACAUAACUUAUCGACAAUAUUUACUGUUACAUAUGUUUGUUCAGCAUUUAGGUCAGCUGUGACAUCACAAAGAAGUAAAAGUGGAUAAGAGAGAAGAGAUGUUUUAAUAUGUCUUCCUUGCCAGUCACAGAGCGCAGCAAUCCAUUGACGGCCAAUAUUGACAUCUCUUUACCAGAGGAUAUAGUUAGUCUUUUGCAGCAUUGUGACAGAGAAAUCUUCCAUGGAUGGGACAACCAAACAGAGGGUCAGAAAGACUUGGAUCAGCUUAAAGGGCUUUUGGACGGCAGAACUAUUAGACUGGUUGAAAAAAUAGCAGGAGAAGUAGCAAACUUACUCAGGAAACCUUCAGACAACUUAAUUGUGCUCAGUGGUUGUGGCACUUCUGGGCGUCUGGCUUUCCUCACAGCCAGGACAUUCAAUAAAUGGCUGAGAGAGUUGGACAUGCCUGAAUGCUUCCGCUAUGUCAUUGCUGGAGGAGACAAGGCUUUGUUCACCUCUCAGGAAGCGCCAGAAGAUGAUCCAGUGCUUGGAGCAAAGAAGUUGCAAGAAGUAUGUGCAGGCAAGAAGAAAGUCUUGUACAUUGGUAUUACAUGUGGACUGAGUGCAUCAUUUGUGGCUGGUCAGCUAGACUUCUGUAUGGACAACCUGGAUACUUACAUUCCUGUACUUAUGGGCUUUAACCCAGUGGACUUAGCAAAGAAUUUGCCUAUUGAAAACUGGAGCAAAACGAUUUUGGAAGUGUGUAAGCGUCUAGAAAACCUGCAGAAGACAAAAAACUGUUGCAUCAUAAAUCCUAUAAUUGGGCCAGAACCUAUAACAGGAUCCAGUCGCAUGAAAGGUGGAACUGCCACCAAAAUUCUGUUAGAUGUCAUGUUUGCUCAGGGUUUCAGUCUCUUUAAAGAAAAACAGCUCAGGAAUACCGAACAGUUUCUUGAAACAUACCUCACAGUGAAUGAGGCAAUAGGUCACUGUAGACAAUACAUAGGUGCUGUUAUCAAUCUAGCAGGACAGUGCUUGCGGAAACAUGGCCACAUUUACUAUAUUGGUGCUGACAGCCUUGGAAUUCUUGCCAUGAUAGAUGCAUCUGAAUGUCCUCCAACCUUUGGGACUUCACUAGAUGGAGUAAGGGGGUUUCUAAUAGGGGGAUUUGAUGAACUAAGAAACCAAGAAGGCAACAUAUCAGUUUUAGGAAGGCACUUCUCCAUAGCAGUAGAUGACUUUCAAUCAACCAUCUUGCCUAACCUUCAGAACUCUGAUAUUGUGAUCUUCAUCAACCAUGGUUCUGCUAUGAAUACCUCCCUAUUGCCACUGUUGGCUACUGUGCAGAAUGGGCCAGCAGAAAGUGCUGUCAUACACAUUAUGAAUAGUGAACAAAGUGGGCAGGAAAAAAUGAAAGAGGUGCCAAAGACCACAAAUAAAAUUACAGUUCAGUUACCGUGGAUUCAGAUCCAGGAGCUUUUUGGCCCAGAGCACUUAGACCUCAGUUUCAAGUUGUUUGCAGAGAUAGCCACCAAAUGGGUGUGUAAUGCUGUCACCACAGGGGCACACAUAAUGCAGGGGAAAGUCUACCAGAAUUAUAUGGUGGACCUUAGGGUCAGUAACAACAAGCUGUUUCAUAGAGCGGUUAGAAUUGUUGAGACAUUUUCUGGUUGCAAUAAAGAAGAUGCCCAGGAGUACCUUCUUAAGUCCAUAUAUGGCACAGAUGUUUUGACUGGCCAGCAAACCACUGCAAAUGUCAGUCAGCAUAUUUUACAGGCUACAUCACAGGAGAAGGUUGUACCCACUGCGCUGGUCUGUGCCAUCCUAAAGUGUUCAUUGUUGGAGGCCCAGAAGCAUCUGGCAGAAGAACCAGUCAUCAGAAGUGCUAUAACCUCAUGCUUGGAGAAGAAGAACGUAGAAUGAGAAAUGUUCCAUGUCUCAAGUACACUGUUUGAAACAUACUUCAUGUUCAUUAUGCAAAUUAUGAAUGAAAUCCUGACAUAGGUUUGUUUUGAUUAGUAAAGAAAACUGAGACUUUUUUUCUAAAUUAUGUGAUUGUGCUCAAAAUAGUCUUGUAUGCCAUUGAAACAUGAAUAUAUAUCUAUUUUAUACAUGUAUCAGUAUAAUUAGAAUUUUACCUCAUGGAAAGGUGGGGCAUUUAUGUAUGAUAUAAACUUUUAAAGGAUAACUUAUCCUUAAGAUUGUGUAAUUGAAUGUAACCAUUAGUUGAUUUUAUGACAUUUGUUGCAAUUUUUUUGUCUUUUUGCAGCCUGCCUUAUAAUCAAAGAAUGAGUCUUUAAAAAAUCAUCAGCGUAUUGCUUUUUAAAUUGCUUGCAAUUGAUGCAAUAUAAUCAUUAUUUAAUCAAUAUCCAGUUUUAAAGUUUAGCCAGAUAUAAUUAUACAUGUCUUUUUCUAGUCAGUAUUAUUCUUUUUAUUAAUAUUCCACACUAUCUAUAGUCAUAAUGUACAAAUUGGGUGCUUGAGAAGUAAGAAAUCGGUAACAAAACUUCAGUAAUACAAGAAUAAUAUUUUAUUAAUGAUGCAAUCAUAAUUGAGGUAUUAUAACGAGAAUAAAAUAAGUUUUAAAACAAUAAAAAUAAAUCACUUGAUUUUUUACUAAUAAUUUUUUUUUUUGAUAAACAACAAUACGAGUAUUGUAAGUUGCCAUACAAAGUUAAUGUAAUGUUGAAGGGAAGAAAAAUUUUAUGAUGUAAAAAUAGUAUAAAAUGAGGAGCAGUGGAAGAAGAAAAAAUUGGAUGAAUUUGAUAAAGCAAAGACAACAGAAUUUAUCAAUAUGUUACUUAGGUUUAUUUUCAGUACAAUAGGGCAAUAAACCAUCGAAAGUGUA